AUGCUUGCUCUGGGCGAACUCACGGCAAUAUUUGUACUGAGCAUUGGGGAGAUUAGGGAUCGACUCGUUGAACCCACACAACUUGAAGCGGCAAUGAAGGCAAAUAUAGCCAUCGGUUCCGAGGCCGAAUAUACCAUCCGACUGGUGCUUAUGGAGUCGAAGAACAAUUGGACAUUGACCGGAUACAACACUGGGUCCGGUUGCAUUUUCAGCGUGGAUGCAUCACUUGAAACACGUAUCACCUGCCUGACUCCCAUCGGUCUCACCGAAUGUUUUGGCGAAUGCAACAACAACGCUCGAUUCUCGUCAUCUAGUCCGCAUCAUAUUGAUCAUACAAUCGUUCUCAUUCACAAAUCGAAUGUUGACAUUCAUUUUCACUCAUUGGUAAGAUGCGAUUGAGAGCAAAUGUUCCCACAUCGCACUUCGCCACUUCUGUCCCACAUGAUCCCGUGAUUCAGAGUAUGUUUUCGUGAGGAUCUUAUCGAACAUCCGUUCUUUAACAUUCGGGGUGUAAUUGCUGCAAAUGCGUCUCAACAUUCUCUGGUGCAUUUGUCGAAUAUGGUCUACAACUUGGCUACGUGCAUCAAGGAAGUCGAUGACCGGAAGACAUUUCUUCAUGGACAUGCGGCGAGGUAUGCAUUUGCGAUGUAACUAUUCCCAGUGUGCAAUGGAUGCCGGGUUCUUGUAAGUACGAUCAAGUGGAGUGCAAGUAAGCAUUAGUGCAACACAUUUAGAUAAGCAGAGUGCAUUACCCC